GCCGUAUCUGCCUCAGCUUCACCACAGGGUACUUAUGUUGAUAUUGAUGAUACAAUAUUUGGAUUAACAGAUGAACAAAAGCAUUUACGCGAAACAGUGUUCCGAUUUUUUCAGACUGAGUUAGCACCGUUUGCAGCCGAGAUUGACUCUACUGAUGUACAUGAUAAGAGAAGGGAGUUUUGGAAGCAAUGUGGGAGCCUUGGUUUGCAUGGUAUAACUGCCCCAGUUGAAUAUGGAGGUACUGGUGGCGGCUACUUGGACCAUGUUAUUGUCAUGGAGGAGAUGUCAAGGGCAGCAGGGGGAGUGGCAUUGAGUUACGGAGCACAUUCAAAUUUAUGUAUUAAUCAGAUAUGUAGAAAUGGUACUGAAGCACAGAAAGAAAAAUAUUUACCAAAGUUGAUUUCUGGUGAACAUAUAGGGGCACUGGCGAUGAGUGAACAUGAUGCAGGCUCUGAUGUUGUCAACAUGAGUCUAAAAGCUGAGAAAAGGGGAGACUACUACGUACUAAAUGGUACCAAGUUUUGGAUUACGAAUGGAAUGGAUGCAGAUACGCUUAUUAUCUAUGCCAAGACUGAUAUGUCUUCUCAACCACAACAUGGUAUUUCUGCUUUCAUUGUUGAAAAGGGAUUUCCGGGAUUCAGUACUGGUCUAAAACUUGACAAACUGGGAAUGCGAGGCUCACCAACAGGAGAAUUAAUUUUUGAUGAAUGUAAAGUUCCUGCUGAAAAUAUGCUUGGCAGCGUGAACAAAGGUGUGUAUGUAUUAAUGAGUGGUUUAGACUUGGAGAGACUUGUGUUGUCAGGAGGCCCAUUGGG